CACGCUGUGAGAUGGGGGCAGGUUCGGAGUACCUUAUGCUUAUCGUCAGACACAGAUCCGAGAGUCUUCGGGAGACACGCCCUGGGCGCCUACAAGAGUGAAGCCAGUUAGUCAUAAGCUUGGAGUCAGUGAGAACUGAACGGUUUGUUCGACGGACUCGGACAUAAUGGGGCUGAUUUAUAAUGGUAGAAAAAAGAAGCAGUUUUUCCUCUACAUAGCAGCCGUCCCGCUGCUGCUGUUGAUGGCGUUGUAUGUCCCGCUUUCUGUGAGGUUUAUAGAAGGUCUGAUUCCAAUGGAUAAGUGCCCGUUGCCCCAUGAGUAUCCUCUACAUCCUGGGAAUCAUGUGGACAACUCUCUGGAUCUCUGGUCCAGGACUGAUGUCCAAACGUGUACUUACUGGGGUGCCCCUAUCAUCUGGGAUGGCAUGUUUGAUCCAGAAUAUUAUGAUGAAUUUUAUCGAAAGCAAAACAUCACAGUUGCUUUGACAGUGUUUGCUGUUGGAAGAUACCUGGAUCUCUACUUGGAGAAGUUUCUCACCUCUGCUGAGCAGCACUUCAUGGUUGGCCAGAGAGUCGUGUACUACGUGUUUACAGAUUCUCCCGAGAAGGUGCCCAAAAUCAAGAUGGCUGCCUUCAGAACUCUCUUCACCUUCAAAGUAGAGAAAUACAGCCGAUGGCAGGACGUGUCUAUGCUGCGCAUGAAGAUGAUCAGCGACAUCAUUGACUCUCAUGUCCGCCACCAUGCCCAGUAUAUAUUCUGCCUGGAUGUAGAUCAGACAUUUGUGGGCCGGUUUGGCACAGAAGCUCUGGGUGACAUGGUGGCUUUGCUGCACUCAUUUUAUUAUCGUAGGCCAAAGUUCUUCUACACUUAUGAUCAGAAUCCAAAGUCGACGGCUUACAUAAAAACUGGAGAUAUGUAUUACCAUGCAGCAGUCUUUGGUGGAACAUGGCAGCGGGUGAAAAAUCUCACCCAGAUCUGCUAUGAUGCCAUCAUGCAAGACAAGAUGAACCAUGUUGAGGCACUGUGGCACGACGAGAGUCAUCUCAACAAGUACUUCCUUUUGAACAAGCCGACCAAACUUCUGUCUCCAGAGUACUGCUGGGCCGAGUACAUCGGGUACCGCAGAGACAUUCAUGUACACCGUCUAGUGUGGGCCGAGAAAAAUUACAAAUUUGUCAGGCAGUGACUGUCAGCCCCUUGAUAUAAAGCACCACAACCUGCAGAAGAUACCACAGUAUAACCACAAGGCCUUUAUUUUGGAGGUGGUCACCAGUAAAACCAGCUUCACUCACUUUCUGGUUGCAGUCUGCAAAGUUCAGUAUUCCACUUGGGAAGCAGUUUUUGCAUAAAAGUCAUGAAAGCCAUAUUUUUUUCUCUCUGCUGUUCGGGGUGGACUUUUCACUUCAGUGGUCAGAUGGUUUUGGCCAUUAAGAUAACGGCAUGAUGUGUGAAUGGCCAGUGGUCAGAACAUUCAAGCAUGGAACACCUUUAAAACUUGUGUGUGGAGUGUCAGCCAUAGUGGUUACAACUGGUGGAUGUCCUGCAGCUGCUUAACUCCACCAGUGACACAGUGUGUGUUUUUAUUUAGCCAUUGGUCACUUCACCAUACACUGGUGAUUAAACAGGAAGUGUUACAUUAGUGGACAUGUCCCUUGCAGGAGGUGCACGAUGUGUUGUCGGUUCCAUAUGUGAUCAAAGAUUCAGGGCUCCAACCUGUGGAAAUACAUCCCAUGGGAACUUCACUCAAAAGCACUGGUGUUUUGUCACCUUAAGCCUACGGAGAGGUGACCAUUUUGGUGAAAGUGCCUUUGACCAGACCUGCUCUCUGGUGAUUUUUAGCCAACACAUAAAGGGUAACUGAGGGAAGCCAUGGCAUGAGACUAUUACGAGGUGAUAAACUGUACAUGAAUAAGAUGGAAGGUGUUAAUUUGCACUGCAUGCUGCUCAUUUACGGAGGAGGACAAUGAUGUGUGUAAUUGGUAGACCACUCUGCUUUAUGCCUUGUGAGACCACCAUGUAGCAGGAGCCUGGAAGAGCUUGAAAAGUAGUGUGUUGUGGCAGCUGAAGGGAUGCCGGAGUGCACUGUCUCCACUUUCUUAGGAUUAACUUUUUUUUGUUUA